AUGCCAAUCAAAAAGGAUGUAGAACCUAAAAUGAAAAUCAAAGUAGAAAUUCACCGGGGAAUAUUAAUGUGCUAUCGUUUGCCUAUUAAAGGAAUAAUUGAUGGAACCACAUUUGAAAUAGGAGAACAUAUUGAUUUAUGCUCUGCUUGUAUUGCCCGAGAAUUUGAAAACCGCAAUAAUUAUCACUUAAAACCUAAAUAUAGUAAUAUUCAGACGCCUGUUGAAGUCAGCCAAUUUAUUUUUGAAUUACUAAAAGAUAAAAUUCCUCCCAAUGGAAUAAUUUUUGACCCUGAUACUUUUAUAAUUAAUAAAGAAAAAAAGUGGGAAAGAUAUUGCUUUGCUUGUGAAAAGGAAAAGUGGGUAAAUAGUCUACAAAGAUUUGAUAUUAAUCCUUUCUCCCUGGCUAAAUACUUUUAUGAAAGAGGAAUAGAGGAUAUUGCUAUUAUUCAAAAAUUAACUUAUCUGACUUACCUAGAAGUAUUGGAAAAAGAAAAUAUUUUGCUUGAUUUUGGAGAGGACUUUCAGGCCUGGGAUGGUGGACCAGUAAUUGAAAGUGUUUUCUCUGCCAUGUCGAAAGAUUGGGAAAAAUAUGGUAAUUAUGAAAGAAUUUUAAAAAAGAUACCAGUUCUAAAUGAAGAAAAAAUUAUCAGACAUUGUGAAAAAUGA